AUGGAGCAGAGCGCAGAGCUGGAGUGUGCGGUCUGUUUUUUGACCUAUAACGCAGGGAGGCGGUGUCCGAGGGAGCUACACUGUAAACACACCUUCUGUGAGAGCUGUCUGCUGGCGCUGGCCCAGGCUGUGGGGCUCAAUGAGGCGGACAGGGCGAUAGUGUGCCCGCUGUGCAGACAAACCACCUGUGUCUCCGCAGAAGAGCGCCUCAGAGCGCAGCUGAGAGUGGACGAGAGCGCCAUGGAGCAGCUGCUGCUGUCCGAGCUCCUGCUGACGGAGGACCCAGCGGAACCAAAUGAACCAGAGAAGGAGGAGGAGACAGAGGGACAGCUCUCCCCGUGCGAGAGCUCAGCCCAGGACAGCGACCUGUCCAUGGGGAGCAGCAGAUUGAGACUUCGGCGGACUUUAAGGAGAGUUUGGAAGAAAAUCAGUGGAAGAGACGCGCAACAGAAUGAAAACGACUUCGCAGAUAUGUCGAGUGAAGACAUGAGAAACUUUGCCUUGUUUGCCAGCUACAUGUUCUGA